UUUAAUUAUAUUCAAGAUUUCAUACAAACAUAUCACACAUUUUUGGGCCUACAUGCUGCCGAAGCCAAAAUGAAUGUGUGCAAGCCCAAGGAGGUCGGUCCGGAUGGACUUUUCGUGAGGAAGCGCUUCACGCGCCACCCGGUGGUGAUCUCGGCCAAGAGGUUCGCGGCCAUCCAGGGACGUUCUCGCCAGGACGAGAAGCAUGCCCAACUGGAGGCCGUGGAGGAGGAGCGCAGAUACAGGCAGUACCUGAAGGACGGCAACGAUCUGCUGUGCAGCCUGUUCUCGGAUCCCACGAAGCCGAAGGACAAGAAAUCGGCGCGGGCCAAGAGCAAGGAGGCCAUGGCAGUGGUCAAGGAUGUGGACACCAAGUUGGCGGACGAGCGGCUGCGCAAGCAGCGCAUCAUCCGGGCCAACAAUCUACUGGAGCAACUGAAGCCCGGCCCACGAGCUCUGCACCAGGCCCUCCUGCUGAGCGAGAUGAUCCACCAGAGGAGCUACAACGAGGCCCUGAACGAGGAGAUAGCCGCAGCAGCCCGUGCCCAGGAGCAGGCCGAUGAGGAGCUGUGUCCUGCCGCUCUGGUGCCCUUCGGGCAUGCCACCGAGGAGGAAGAGGUGGCCCGGCAGACGGCCAGGAACCAGGAGCACGCCCAGCUCAUGAGGGAGGACAUAAAACAGCGGGAGAAGAUCAGGGAGGCCGAGCGGGAGCAGAGGAUCUUCGACGUGCAGGUGGAACGGGCACAGUACAAGUGCCUGCAGGACAAGGAGGAGAAGGCGCUCAAGGAGAAGAAGGCCCGCAAGAUCGCCUUCUACCGCAAGGCCCACCGGGAGGCCAUCCAGGAGAAGGCCGAGAUUGCCGAGCAUGAGAGGAUCUGCGACGCCAUCGACGACCGGCGCAACUGCGUCUACAUCGUGGCCAGUCGUAACCUAAACACUCGUUACGGCAGCCACGUGAAGCAGCUGCGACAGAAGCGGCAGGAGGAGAGGGAGCAGCAGGCGCUCCGCGUCAGCCAGGCGCAGAAGGUGAAGCAGAAGAAGCUGGAGGAGCGGCAGGAGCAGGCGGAGGAUCGCCACGCCUUCGAGACGCAGGUGGACGAGAACCGCCGGCAGUGCGAGCUGCAGGUGCUGGCCAAGCAGCGCCGGGCCUACCAGCUGGAGGAGCGGAAACAGGAUGCCGAGAAGUUGCGCCGCGAGAGGGAGCUCCGGCGCUUCCAUGUGGCACGGCGCCUCAAGAACGCCGAGGCCAACCGGUACUUCGAGGCCUCCCAGAAGCGAAAGCGGGACAAGGUCAAGGAGGAGCUGCGCAACGUGCUCUUCGGCCAGCGGGAGGAGUUCCUCGAGAAGCGGCGCGCCGAGCUGAUGAACCUGGCCGCCUGCAACGAGGAUCCCUACCUGGAGGACGACAAGAAGUUCUUCGAGCAGGCGGUCCAGAUCAUGGAGGAGUCCCGCAAGGUGGGCCGGCCCCUGUAUCCCAUCGCCACCGCCGUGGAGCGCUACGAGCGGCAGAACCAGCUGGACAUGCGCCCCGAGGGCAGGAUUGUGAAGAGGAGCCGCCUCAGGGACUACUGCUGGCCGGGAUUCUACUCGAAGGCGGAGCUGGCCUACCGGAAGUACGAGCAGCGAGAGAUGUGCCGCGAGGAGCAGGUGGCCGACCGGCACCAGAUCUACUGCAACUCGGUGAAGAUCAAGAAGCUGGCGGAGGUGGAGAAGCCCUACACGCCCUGUGUGGCCUCCUGCCCCAUCAAUUGCUUCCAUCGCCGCGGAAUGCCCGCCACGGAUAGCCAGGCUUCCUUCGACUACGACCGUCAUGUUUGCUACACGGAUCCCCCAACGGUGGGCGCUUGUCCCAUUCCCAUGCAGGUGAUCCACAACGAUCCGCUGAACAACCAGAGGAAGAUCAGCCAGCAGUCCAUGAAGCUGCCACCCAUGCCACAGGACUUGGCCAAGAGCGAACGACCAACCUUUCGAAGUGCUGUCAGGGAUGUUAUGACUGCUCUCAACCAACCCGAGCCAGCUCCCCCUGCUAAGGAGGGGAAAACCAGCUUGAGGGGUGCUCCUCCAGCGGCAAGUCCAGUGACCAGAUCACCCAAAGCCACUCCACCAAAAACUCCUGAGCCCCGGGAAGUUCCUUUGCCCAAGUCGCAGCCUCCAGUGAGGCCGAGGGUGAAACGUGGAUCUAAGAGGGCCAGUUCCGUGGUGAAGCCCCCACCAACUGGUAAUGAUAGACCUGCACCCGUGCCCAAUCCCACGGGAACCUGGGGAUCUGGUUCCCUACAGCCGGGUGCGGCUGCCAAGAAGAAAGCCAACUAAUCGGGAUAUCUUCAUUUUAUGUUACCAAAAUUUACGUUUUAAGAACCUAUUGUUGUGCUUUUGCUUAAGAAUAAUAUAGAAAAAAAGGUA